AUGCACAGUGAGUGUAGCACUGUCCUAACACUCUUCCCUUUAAAGUCUGCCACAGAAAGCUUUGCCAAAGUGAUCCAUGGCUUGAAAGUGGGACACCUGACGGAUCGCGUUAUUCAGAGGAGCAAGCGGAUGAUUCUGGAUACGCUGGGCGUUGGGUUCCUGGGCACCAGUACAGAAGUGUUUCACAAAGCCAACAAAUAUAGUCAAAUCUACAGCUCCAACAUGUCCAGCACAGUUUGGGGCCAGCCGACGUUGAGGCUCCCACCGACAUAUGCUGCUUUUGUUAAUGGUGUUGCUAUUCACUCAAUGGAUUUUGAUGACACGUGGCAUCCUGCCACUCAUCCUUCUGGAGCUGUCCUUCCUGUCCUCAUGGCUUUAUCAGAAGCCCUACCUCCAAGUCCAAAGUUUUCUGGCCUUGACCUGCUGCUUGCUUUCAAUAUUGGAAUUGAAGUGCAAGGCCGAUUAAUGAAUUUCUCCAAGGAAGCCAAAGACAUACCAAAAAGAUUCCAUCCCCCAUCAGUGGUAGGAACUUUGGGUAGUGCUGCUGCUGCAUCCAAGAUUUUAAGGCUCAGCAUGACAAAGUGCCAGGAAGCCUUGGCUAUUGCUGUUUCUCAUGCCGGAGCACCCAUGGCAAAUGCUGCCACUCAGAUCAAGCCUUUUCAUAUGGGCAAUGCUGCCAGGCAUGGGAUAGAAGCUGUUUUUCUGGCAAUGUUGGGUCUCCAAGGAAACAAGCAGGUCUUGGACAUACAGACUGGAUUUGGGGCAUUUUAUGGCAACUAUUCCCCAAAUGUCCUUCCAAACCUUGAUUCUUACACCUGGCUCCUAGACCAGCAGGAUGUGGCUUUCAAGAGUUUCCCUGCACAUUUGGCCACCCACUGGGUGGCAGAGGCAACUGCAUCUGUGAGAAGGCACCUUGUGACAGACAGAGUCAUGCUUCCCACGGACCACAUCGAGAGAAUUGUGCUCAGAAUUCCAGAUGUCCAGUAUGUCAACCGACCUUUCCCAGACUCAGAGCAUGAAGCCCGUCACUCUUUCCAGUAUGUGGCCUGUUCCAUGCUGCUUGAUGGUGACAUCACGGUUUCAUCAUUUCACAAACAACAGAUCAACAGGCCACAGGUGAAAGAGUUGCUUUGUAAGGUGGAGCUGGAACACCCUCAAGACAACCUGCCAAACUUCAACACACUAUACUGUGAGAUAAGUGUCACCCUCAAGGAUGGAGCCACCUUCAUGGAGCGCUCUGAUACCUUCUAUGGUCACUGGAGGAAGCCAUUGAGCCAGAAGGACCUAGAGGCCAAGUUCAGAGCCAAUGCCUCCAGGAUGCUGUCCUGUGAUACAGUAGAAAGACUUAUAAAGAUAGUAGACAACCUGGAAGGCCUAGAGGACUGUUCUGUGUUAACCACACUUCUGAAAGGACCCUCUCAAUCAGAGAUGGCUUCACAAUCAUGUAGCACUUAACAAUUCCAUAAUACAAUCUCCCCUGAGGUUUACCAAUAUCUAAAUGAUUUUAUAUUUGGGGAAAUUCAGUGAUUUGCCUUACAGAGCAAAGGUCUGAUCUUGGUUUGCCCAGAAAUAAACAUAGCAUGGUGGAGAGAGUUUAGACAGAACUGGGUAUGCAUGGAAAGAGUCUUGUCCUGUAAAUUUGCAAGACUGUUCCAAUUACCUAUAGCAAGAUAAUACAUAUGCAAGAAACACAGAGAAAUGGAUUUUAUAAGCAUUCACUAAGCUGAAUUUCAAGUCACCUGUGACUUG